GACUCUGGCGGUCAUGGGCAAGGUUUCCUUCGGCGUUCGGGUCAGCUCGGUGCGGAGAGCCCGCUGCUCUUGUCCCGGGCGAUGCUACCUCUCCUGCAGGGUACCUCCAGCCGCCGCCCCCCACUCCCCGAGCGGGCUCGGCUGCGUGCGGGUUCCGGGGGAGGCUGCAGGUGGAGCCGUCGGACCCGGCCCCUCGGGAUCCUGUGGCUUCCUCGCCGAGCCCAAGUUCCAGGCUCCCCGCAGCUGGAAAGACUGCGUCGGAGCCCCGCCUGCCCGAGACGUCUUGAGAGCCGACAGCAGCGUGGGCGAGGGCUGUCCUCGGAAGCUGGUGACGGCCAAUUUGCUGCGCUUCUUCCUGCUGGUGCUCAUCCCCUGCAUCUGCGCCCUCAUCGUGCUGCUGGCCAUCCUGCUGUCCUUCGUGGGAACACUAAAAAAGGUUUACUUUAGAUCAAACGGCAGUGAACCUUUGGUCACCGACGGUGAAGUUGAAGUGCCUGGUGUUCUCCACGUAAACACAGUUUAUAAUGAGAGCUCAGAGGCACCUUCUACAUCCCCCAGCCAAUCCACUCCAGCCUGGACGCCAAGAGCUCCUCCUCUCUCCGGGGACCAGAGUCACAGGAAUACAAGCACCUGCGUGAACAUCACUCACAGCCAGUGUCAGAUUCUGCCCUACCACAGCACGCUGGCACCUUUCUUGCCAAUUGUCAGAAACAUGGACAUGGAGAAAUUCCUCAAGUUCUUCACAUACCUGCACCGCCUCAGUUGCUAUCAGCAUAUCCUGCUAUUUGGCUGCAGCCUCGCCUUUCCUGAGUGUGUCAUUGAUGGUGAUGACAGGCGUGGCCUCCUACCCUGUAGAUCUUUCUGUGAGGCUGCAAAAGAAGGGUGUGAGUCUGUCCUGGGGAUGGUGAACUCCUCCUGGCCAGAUUCCCUCAGAUGCUCUCAGUUUGUAGACCACACUGAGAACAAGAACAAUGUCAGCAAGAUCUGCUUCUCCCUGCAGCAGGAACAUGGAAAGCAAUCGCUCUGCGGAGGCGGCGAGAGCUUCCUGUGUGCCAGUGGCUUCUGUGUCCCCAAGAAGGUCCAGUGUAAUGGCUACAAUGACUGCGAUGACUGGAGUGACGAGGCUCACUGCAACUGCAGCGAGGAUCUGUUUCACUGUCACACAGGCAAGUGCCUCAACCGCAGCCUUGUGUGUGAUGGGUAUGACGACUGUGGGGAUCUGAGCGAUGAGCAAAACUGUGAUUGCAAUCCUGCAAAAGAGCACCGCUGUGGAGACGGGCGCUGUAUUGCAGCCGAAUGGGUGUGCGAUGGGGACCAUGACUGCGUGGACAAAUCUGACGAGGUCAACUGCUCUUGUCACAGCCAGGGCCUGGUGGAAUGCAGAAGUGGGCAGUGCAUCCCUGGCACCUUCCAGUGUGAUGGAGAUGAAGACUGCAAGGACGGCAGCGAUGAGGAACACUGCAGUGACAGUCAGACACCAUGUCCAGAAGGAGAUCAGGGGUGCCUCGACAGUUCCUGCCUCGAUUCCUGUGCUGGUGCCUCUCCGUGCGACUCGGACAGCAGCCCAAGCAACUGUAGUCAAUGUGAGCCAAUCACCCUGGAACUCUGUAUGAAUUUGCCCUACAACUAUACACAUUAUCCAAAUUACCUUGGCCACAGGACUCAAAAGGAAGCGUCCAUCAGCUGGGAGUCAUCUCUCUUCCCUGCACUUGUACAAACCAAUUGUUACAAAUACCUCAUGUUUUUUGCUUGCACCAUUUUGGUUCCAAAGUGUGAUGUGAAUACAGGCCAACGCAUCCCCCCUUGCAGACUCCUGUGUGAGCACUCCAAAGAGCGCUGUGAGUCUGUCCUUGGGAUCGUAGGCCUCCAGUGGCCUGAAGACACAGAGUGCAAUCAAUUUCCAGAGGAAAAUUCGGAUAAUCAGACUUGCCUCCUGCCCAAUGAAGAUGUGGAAGAAUGUUCGCCGAGUCACUUCAAGUGUCGAUCGGGGCGAUGCGUGCUGGGCUCCAGAAGGUGUGAUGGCCAGGCUGACUGUGAUGACGACAGUGACGAAGAGAACUGCGGUUGUGAGGAAAGAGACCUUUGGGAAUGUCCAUUCAACAAGCAAUGUCUGAAGCACACUCUAAUCUGUGAUGGGUUUCCAGACUGCCCGUAUGGCAUGGAUGAAAAAAACUGCUCAUUUUGCCGGGAUGACGAGCUGGAAUGUGCCAACCAUGAGUGUGUACCACGUGACCUGUGGUGUGAUGGAGGGGCCGAUUGCUCAGACAGUUCAGAUGAAUGGGGCUGUGUGACCCUCUCUAAAAAUGGGAACUCCUCCUCAUUGCUGACUGUUCACAGAUCUGCAACAGAACACCACGUGUGCGCUGACGGCUGGCAGGAGACGUUGAGUCAGCUGGCGUGCAGGCAGAUGGGUUUAGGAGAACCGUCUGGGACUGAGCUGAUGCACGGACCGGAAGGCCAGCACUGGCUGGGGCUGCAUUCCGGCUGGGAGAAUCUCAAUGGGACCACCUUGCAGGAGCUGCUGGUGCCCAGGCAGUCCUGUCCAAGCAGAAGUAAGAUUUCCCUUCUGUGUACUAAGCAAGACUGUGGUCGACGCCCUGCUGCCCGAAUGAACAAGAGGAUCCUUGGAGGUCGGACUAGUCGUCCUGGGAGGUGGCCAUGGCAGUGCUCUCUGCAGAGUGAGCCCAGUGGACAUAUCUGUGGCUGUGUCCUCAUUGCCAAGAAGUGGGUUCUCACAGUUGCCCAUUGCUUUGAGGGGAGAGAAGAUGCUGAUAUUUGGAAAGUGGUAUUCGGCAUAAACAACCUGGACCAUCCAUCAGUCUUCAUGCAGACCCGCUUUGUGAAAAGCAUCAUGCUACAUCCCCGGUACAGCCGUGCCGUGGUGGACUACGACAUCAGCGUAGUGGAGCUGAGCGAUGACAUCAGCGAGACGAGCUACGUCAGACCGGUCUGCUUACCCAGCCCGGACGAGUUUCUAGAACCAGAUACGUACUGCUACAUCACCGGCUGGGGCCACAUGGGCAACAAAAUGCCCUUUAAGCUGCAGGAGGGGGAGGUCCGUAUUAUUCCUCUGGAGCAGUGCCAGGCGUACUUUGACAUGAAGACCAUCACCAGUCGGAUGAUAUGUGCCGGCUAUGAGUCCGGCACCGUGGACUCAUGCAUGGGAGACAGUGGUGGGCCUCUGGUUUGUGAGCGACCCAGAGGACAGUGGACAUUAUUUGGUUUGACUUCAUGGGGCUCCGUCUGCUUUUCCAAAGUCCUGGGACCUGGAGUCUACAGCAAUGUGUCUUACUUCGUUGAAUGGAUCCAAAGACAAAUCUAUAUCCAGACCUUUCUCCAAAAGGAAUUCCAAGGAUAAUCAGGGGCUUUGCCGGAAACCUUACCAAGAAUGAAGAUUGUCCUGCCAAGAGCUGCACGGGCAGGCAGGCUUUUCACGGGAUGCUCAGUGUUCACUGCAGGAUCUCCUGCUGUUAGAUGAGUUUCACUCAGCCUUUGAUUUCUUCAACUGUAUCAUUCAUUAAUUUCAUGAAUUCUUUAAAAGCACAGAGCAAAAUAGGGUUUGUUUCUGCUAAGCUAACCUUGAACACAGUGUAGAAUUAUCAACUCCAUAAAGACAACAUUUGGAGCUCUAUGAUAACAAGUUAUAGAAAGUUCUUUUUUUACUAUCACAGACCAACACACAAACACACCGACACACAGACACACACACACACACAGAGAUACACCCUGACAGUUCUCUAGUUUCUGCUCAAGCACAGCGGCGUAGGGGAGCACAUUUCAGAACUGACCUUGGAGACUGACUUUUAAUUUAUAAAAAGCCAAAAUAACGUGCAUGCUUUAUGUUAUUUCCUAUCCUGUUCUAAAUCAUUUGAAGAAAUUAUGAAAGACAGAAAAGACCCACAAUAUGUGGGUCUUCACCCACAUGUGAAGCUGCAAGACAUACAGAAUGUAAAAUUCCUUAGCCAACAAAAACUAACACUCGGAAGUAUAAUUCUAUCCUUCCUGUACUCAUAUUAAGAUUGUAAUGUCAUAAAAAUACCUCCAUAGGACUUUCCCUAUUCCUAGGGAUUUUCAGUAUAGGUCAGUUAGAUGGCUAAGAUACCAACAAUUAGCUCGACCCUGGUGAAAAUAUUUGUCUGCCUAUGUGAAGAUGAAUGAGAACCUUUCUCAUUCUGUAAAACAAGCAAGUUAAAAAGGAGAAAAAAAAAUUAAGUUAAAUCUGAAAAUUACUCUGCCUGUGUUCACCCAAGCCAGAAAAGCUACAGAAAUAUAUUUCCAAGUGUAGCAAAAUGUUGCACAGAGUACAAGAUUUUGCAAUUUCCCUUCAUGAUGCCUGACAUCUGGUGUUGCCAUUUUGCCCCACUGAUAAUUAAAACUAAAUUUAAAAGAUGCUUUUAAGUACUAGGCUGCUUUACGCAAAUCAAUUUCCAAAGCCAUUAGUGGUUAAAAGUAUUUUUUUUUCCAUUAAAAACCUUCCAAACACAAACCUUCAUACAUGCCUAAUUUAAUUAGCCAGACAUUAACUCUGUAACAUCCAAUGCCUCUGUGAACAAGGAGGACACGCUACUAACCUUCACGAGCAACCAGACUGCCUCAGCAUUCCGAACAGGGACCACCUGCAAUUUUCUACUUGUAUUUUAUACUCUUUUUCUAUGUGUCAAUAUAGCUCAAAUGCAGAAAGUUAUUUCAAGCAUUUUUUUCCAUGUUAUCCAUCUCUUGUCCUGGACUUUAUUACGAAGGGUGUGUAACAAGCCAUUGUACUGUGGCCACGACUGUAUGAAGGUUUAAGACCAUUGGUCAGUUUUGUUAUAAUUGUUGGCACAUGAUUAAUAAAACAUGCUUUUAGCCUUGGUGAACUUCUAUUCAGCAAAAUGUAAAUAUUGGACUCAUUUUAAAUAAUUCUGAGUACAAAUAAAGUGGUAUAAUCUUUAAAAA